AUGGCAAACAAGAGUGAUCUCCCUACUCUCAAAUGGGGUAUCGUCGGGUGUGGCACAAUCUCGUCCCGGUUCGUUUCUGAUCUAUGCCUCGGGAGGCCCGAUGCCACUACGAAGCACGUAAUCGAGGCUGUUGGGUCCUCCUCCAUGGAUAAGGCGUCUGCGUUCGUGGCCGAGCAUUGUCCAGCCCAAAAGCCCGCCUUGUAUGAUUCAUAUGAAGCGCUGUACAACCAUGUCAGUGUUGAUAUUGUUUACAUUGGAACGCCUCAUGUAUUGCACUGUGAGAAUGCUUUAGGUGCUAUUGCUGCCGGAAAGCACGUGCUCUGCGAGAAGCCAUUUGCCCUGAAUGCCUUGGAAACUAGGAGGAUGAUUGAUGCUGCUCGAGCAAAGGGAGUCUUCUUGAUGGAAGGUAGCCAAGUCUCACCUCUUUCCACUAGCACGAUACUGAAAUGUCUAAUAGCCGUCUGGACCCGUUUCUUCCCCGUCGCGAAGAAGUUUCAGUCACUCCUACAUGACGAAAAGGCAAUCGGUGACAUUGCGUCUGUUUUUGUUGACUUUGGGCUCUAUAUGCCCAUAUCUAUAGCUGACCCUACACGUCGCACCGCGAGCAGAGCCCUUGGUGCUGGCGCCCUUCUGGACCUGGGUAUUUAUACCCUGACAUGGGCGUCUCUGGCUCUUGACACGGCAUUAUCCUCCAGACAUCCCAACGUUGUGGCUAGCAUGGCCUUUGCCAGCGAAACAAACCCAGACAAGAAGGUGGAUGAGUUUACGUCUGUGGUCCUACAGUACCCGGAUCUCAAAGCCCAUGCGAUAUGCACUUCAUCACUUCUGUACAAGAGCGCAGAAGAGUUUGCGCACGUGUACGGAUCGAAGGGUUCUAUCUCCGUUGGUGGCCAUAUGGCAUCGAGGCCGCAGUACUUGGUGGUCCGGCUUAAUGGCGAAGAAGAGCGGCGUCUAGAUUUCAAUGUCCCCGGUUUUGGCUUUUACUAUGAAGCUGACGCUGUUGGCGCCGAUAUCCGGGCCGGGAGACUGGAAAACAGGACUUGCUCCCUAGAUUCUACGCUUGCGAUCAUGUCUAGGAUGGAUAAUGCGAGGGUGCAGUGUGGGUUAACAUACCCACAGGAAGAAUAG